AUUCACUUGGUGGAGUUACAGCUGUUGCAUUCAAGAGACAAAAUGUUCGUCAAGCUGUUCGUGAGCGCCGUGCUGCUGGCUAUCCUAGCCAUACUGCCUGCCUCGGCAUCUCCUGGAUACUUCGGUGGCGGAGGCUCCGGUGGGCGCGGUGGAUAUGGAGGAGGUGGUGGAUACGGUGGUGGUGGAUUCGGUGGUGGUGGAUUCGGUGGUCGUGGAUACGGAGGUGGUGGUGGAUUCGGAGGUGGUGGAUAUGGGGGUGGUCGAGGAUCCGGCGGCAGACAUGGAUACGGCAAAUAAAAUCUUUGGACGAGCCAACUCCUCUCAACGCCGCAUGUCUCCUCAUAAUAAAGGGAAUGACGUCAAUUGAUUGAAUUCAGCGGUUGAAGAUGAAGGAUAGCAUGAAUUGGGAACGGGACAUGUAUCACAUGUUCAACAUUCUCUCUCGUCUUACAAGAUUGAAUAAAAAGUAUCAAUUAU